AUGUCCACAGCAGAGUCUAGCCCGAUGCCUCAUCCAGCAGAAACUCCACCGACCAUAUGUUAUAUACACCGUCUACCAGUAGAGUUGAUCGAAUUGAUUUGCUCUUGGAUUAUCGCAGAUAAGAAGUCCAUCGUCAAACCCGUUGAUCCUCUGGGAUUUACGCAAUGUUCACGAACAUUUGCAAGACUGUCUCUUACCUCCAAGCGCUAUCAUCAAAUCGCAAAUCCAUAUCUCUACUCGGAAAUCCGAAUUGGGGCGUGUGACAAGACUUGGCUACCUCGCUUCCUGAUCUUCUUGUGGCGUAGGUCAGACUUGCGGCUUCUGAUCAAGGAGGUUAACAUCUCAUGUCUGCCAAAGGCUUUUUCAGUCGAUCCAGACACUGUGGGGCCCAUAUUGAAUGAUAUAGCCUCCCAUUUCUCCCUCGCUCCUCUUCUUUCAUGGCAUACGAAAGAUUGCAGUGAAGGAUGCAGCGAAAAUCGUGAACCUUGCGAGCACUUCAAGCGGCUGCUGGUUCUCUUGGCCUUUCUGACACCAAAUGUGAAUCGCUGGAGCAUGGUGCCACCUCACAACUUUUUCUUCACCGAAUUGGCUGAGGCGACAUGGCGAACAGCAGACAUAAGCAAGGCAUCUCUGUCUGAUCCUCGAGCACUCACAUCGCUGCAGCACUUGUGGGUGCCUGGAGCACAGCCAUUCCCUUACUCGACAGACCUCUCCGCUCAAGAAGUAGGGCUUCAACUAGCGGGGUGGCUUGUUCCAAGUCUUCGAACUUUACGACUACGUAAUGCAGGCCUAUAUCGCCCACUUCAGAGCGGUGUUAGGCUCGACAACUUGAAAGAAAUAGUCAUAGAUUUCGGUCUUCUAACGGAAGGGGGGUUAUUCACUCUGGUUGGGGCGUGCAAAGUCUUGGAGAGCUUCCACUUUUACUCUAGAGGAAACUCCCCAGUUUUCCCUGACGGUUUCGGCGGCUCAUCAUUGCGUGAGAAUUUUCCUUUUGAGUUCUGGCCACGACAUAUUGUUCCUGCAUUCAGCCACCUGAAAGGCACUCUUCGGACCCUUGCCAUCAAUCGAUGGGAUGGUGCUCGAGGAGGGACUGAACGCGACAUCACCAUCCACAUCGACAAUGAGGUUCUUUAUGCGCUCUCGCCUGCAUGGAAAGGAACGGCAGCGGAUAGGAUGAUGGGCAGUUUCAAAGACUUUAGAGUCCUGGAGACUCUCAAGCUUGACUCUACAUGUUUACAUCACCUCAGAAUUGGGCCCGCCAGACUCCGCAGAGACCUCCCAGAGGACCAUCUCACAAGUCGUCUCCCCCCAUCCCUGCGCCAUCUCGUUCUUCCUGGCGCUCCUCCCCAGAUGAUCCCAGCACUCCAUGCACUAGCCUCAAGCGCAGCCUCCGAGUUCCCAUCUCUGAGGCUGGUUGAAGCAACAGCCACCGAAAGAGACAUUCGCAAACGAGAAACAUCAUGGCGCAAGUAUAGUGGCCCUGAGGUAUUGAGAACCGGGUCCUCCAAUUUCAUAAAACCCGAUAUCUGGACCUCUCUUGAAGAGAAGUUUGCAGCUGCUGGAGUCCAGCUCAAGCACAUUGACUCUGGAAAUACCAGCUGCUUUGCAAGGGAUGUUCUCGAAAAAGCUGGCCUCGUUGGGCCUGAAUCAGAAGAGGUGUACGUUGACCCCCAAGCUUUCUUCGCGUCGAUUUUAUUUUGCUGA